AUGCACUGGAAAGGUGACUUCAGUGGUUCAGGCACUCCCCGACCAGAGCUCAUGCCCAGCAUUAACAAGGCGUAUGAGGCGUACAAAGAGAAAUGUCACGAGAGUUCACAGCUCAAGGAACAGCUGACUAAGGUCACACAGAAGUGGCAAACUGCUGAAGGUCAACUACAACAGCUGAGGGAACAGCUCAGCAGAGGCUGUACCGAAUGUGCUGUCCAACAGACAGAAGGGAGCUGUGCAGGCACAGUAGAGGGACAGACAGCACAACGCUGUUCCAAAUGCAAUAUCCAGGGAACAGCACAAUACUGUUCCAAGUGUGACCCUCUUGGAACAGCACAGAGCUGUUCCAGGUGUAGUAAUCGUGAGACAGCACCGUCCUGUUCCAACUGUGCUGCCCGGGAAGGAGAACAGAGCUGUUCAGACCGUUUGAAAGAACUCACACAGCACCAGAUGGAAAGUUUUAGCAAGCCCCCAGACCCUGUCCCCCCUCUGAGUGUCCCAGGUGGUUCGGCCCCCGCCUCCUUAGCGAGCGUUCUGCAGGAGGAAAUGGACCAGACUCGAGCAGAGAUGGUGCAGCUUCGCUCACUCGUUAGGACACAGCACCUGGCAUUGAACAGGCUUCUGUUAUCACAGCCUCAGGGUAAGGAUAAACUGUAGUACCAGUUG